GUCGUGUCUGAACGCGCCCCCUUCAUUCUAACUCUGCAGUCAAACGUGAAAUGCAUCAGAACCGCAAACUCACAGAAUUCUUUGCGAAAUCAUCUAUGCCGUACUCAAGGACAAAUAAGUCAAGUAGCGCGCCUGGAUUGGGUUCAAUUGCUCCCAGUACCUGUUCAAGGCCUCCACUGGACAUACCCUCCAAACUCUGUGUUCCCAUUCAAAACCAUCCACCUAUCACAGACAUCAGCACGGAUGGAGAGACUAGCAGCACGGAUGAAAGCAUUGUGCUAAUUUCCGCGUCACAACCUAAGACAGCUCAAUGCAAUCGUCGAAGCACCCUGAGACAUCAAACUCCCCGAGAGACUCUUGAUCUUUCCUCAUCACCCUCUCCCCAUUCAUCUCCCUCCAGAGGGCAUACCUCCACCUCGGCGCCUAUUGUACUCUCGGAUUCCGACGUACAGUCGUCGAACUCCUCAAUCAUGUUUCUCGGUAAGGAAAAUGCUCUAGACUUGAAGAGGACAGAACCCGAAAACAUUGAAGACGCCUCUGCUGAGGAAGUUAUGCAUAUCACUAGCGAUUUCCGUGCAACUUCAAGCGUCUCAGAGCCAGAACACAACGGAGACAUCAUGGAUUGGGAACCCACUCCUCCACCUGCCGCCUCCACCCCGCCACCGCAGCCACUAUCACAGUCAUCUCCUAAGACGAGCUAUAGUUUGCCUACUCCAACGCAUACAAGCCCUGGUACAUCCGUGCUAGAUGAGCCAGAAUUGCAAUUACGUCCUGUUACCCCUGUUCCACAGGCCCGCCUCCCGACCCCAUCUACUUCUGUGUCACCUCAGCGCACAAGUGUCAGAAAGGAUCUACGCGAGGAAAUGAGCAGUUCUCUCAGUCCGCCUCCAGAACUGAAUGGGUCCGAAGCAGGUUCCAGUGACUUAUCUUCAGAUAGUGAAGGCUUAAAACUUGCACUCAAUCGGCUUGACGAUGAUAUGAGCGACGAGGAUGACAAUGUCGAGAUUGAUAAGGUCCUUGGUCUGAAUUCCUCCCGAAGUUCGCAGCCUCCAUCGUUGUUUAGCGCCCACUCUGAUGAAGAAGGCGACAUAGAUGAUCGCUUAUCUGCUUCGCCUGCGUCUGCCACAGUUCUCUUAAGGCGAUCUACUAGAGCGGUCAAGAAACCCAGGAAUAUCUUCUUAACGAGCGCAUCCUCUCAUAAUCCGCGUAGAAAGAUGUCUGAAUUCGAGAAGCUUCUCCAAGAGGAAGACCGCCGGGAGAAGAAGGGCUUUGCCGUCGCUUCCGCUGUUGCUGAGAAGUUGGCGCAACGAAAUGACGCCGACGAUUCUGAUGCUGAAUCUCCUGAAUCCCCUGAACCAGCCACAAAGCCUCGUGAACGAUUCAACUCACGUGCACUUCGCCCUCCUGCUCGCUCUGUUGGUGGAGAUUCUGUUCGUUCCUCUGAGUCCGACUCUGAUGACGAAGAGUCGAGACAACGAGAAAUUGAGCUACGACAGCGGGUAGUGAAUAAAUAUAUCCGAAACAAAGACAUGGGGACACUCAGAGAUAUCUUGACAUCAGAUGCCAUGAUGGAAUUGAAGGGCACGGAUAACCCAGGAGGUUCGCGGAGAUUUUGGCGAAAGGAAAAACAGAAUGCCUUCGUCACGACUGAGGGCACCGAUCACAUCUCCGUUCAGCCGACAUAUAGGUUGGCCAUAGCUAUGCAUGCCGCCUUUCUUGACGGCGAAUCACUCCUUUUUUCCAGUCUAGCUGCUAGAUGGAGGCUUGUAUGUGCAGGUGUCGACCAAUCAAAGGGCCAAGAGGUUGUGCGGGUCCUCACGGAUGCUGUUUUAUCAAGCAAAGAUCCUGCUCUUGCUGACUGCGCCAGAAAUACCCUUGUGGCCACUCUCGAGGCGACCAUCUCAUCCAUAAAUCUUGCGUCGUUAUUUCACGAGAUAGCGGCCCAAGCAUGUCUUUCCUUUGGUGCUACAUCUGAUGCAAUGGAACUCUUAUCUCUCCAGGAGAACGCCGCAGACCAACGCUCUAAUUUCAGCAACCCUUCAAAGCCUACGAGGGAGCUUCGCCACUUAG